UAUUUCAUGGUGACCACCAAAACCAUAGACUACUGCGCAAUUAUUUUGUCUUUCGAAAUAUUUGUAAUCUGUGAUACUUUGUUGCCGUCAGCUGUAAAUGACUGGGAAUUUGUUUGUAGUGAAACAAGCCAAGUGAUAAAAGCUAUCUGUCAGAAUUGUUUUUUGUAGUUAUUUGUUUGUUUUCAUUUUCCAAACAUUAUAAUUUUGAUACUUUGUCUUCUUCAAAUAACGUUAAAAGUGAGCCAUGAAAUAUAAAGGUAACUUUAUCAUGCGGAGUUUUAUUGAAGAAAAGAAAUAUAGAGUAAGGGAUAUUAAAUAUGAUUACUUUGAUAGUCAAAUCACAAAUACAAAAACAGAAUAUUGGUGCAGAGGAUUAAUUUUGACAAGCUGUUUCCUCUUUGCGUGCGCGUUAGCAGUUGUUUGUGUUGCUUUGUAUCAACACAGAACGUGGCACAAUAGUAAUACCAGUGGAAAUGUGCCGAGUAGAGUUGCAGAGAGAGUAAUAUCAUGUUACUAUAACAUGCCCAGCGAGCAUGCAACUGAUCAAUUGAUGCCAUCUGGUAUUAAUCCGAAUUUGUGUACACACAUAAACUUAGCCUUUGCUCAGGUAGCCAGUAAUGAGAUAAGACUUGACCCCUAUCAAUAUCAUACAAUUGCCGAAGUGGUUAAACUCAAGCAAACAAAUCCUGCACUAAAAAUUCUGGUGUCUGUUGGAGGUGCUGGGACUGAUAAAGGGUUUCCUGAUAUGGUAUUAAAUCACAAGUCAAGAAAGACUUUUAUUAAGUCAGUGAAAUACUUGUUGAGAAAUUAUUCCCUGGAUGGGAUAGACUUGGAUUGGGAAUUCCCAGCAUUACAUAAUGCAUUAGGUGGAGGUCGUGAGCGACAACACUUCUCACAGUUGCUUCGGGAAAUUCGUAUGGAAUACAUUAGAGAGAAAAGAGAUUAUCUUUUAACAGUAGCUGCCGCAGCUCCUGAGGCAAUUGUUGACAUUUCCUAUGAUGUUGACCAAUUGAAUCUGUAUGUUGAUUAUGUGAAUAUCAUGACAUAUGAUUUCCACUUCUUCACUAAGUACACUCCAUUCACUGGGCUGAAUUCUCCCCUCUACCCGCGGAGCACAGAACAGCUGUAUUUAGCCACAUUGAAUAUUAACUACACCAUACACAUGUAUUUGGACAAGGGACUCGAUCGUAACAAAAUAGUUGUGGGCAUACCUACUUAUGGUCAUACAUUCUCUUUGGUCAAUGUUGAUAACCACCAAGUUAGCAGCCCAGCCUCUGGCGUUGGAUCCCUUGGAUCUUUAGGGUUUAUUAACUAUCCAGAUGUGUGUAGUUUUGUGACCAACACUGAGAAUGUCACAAUUACUAGAGACAAUGAGGCCAAGGUCUCUUACUUGUAUAAAAACAAAGAAUGGGUAUCAUAUGACGACCCUCAGAGUGUAAUGGAGAAAGCAAAGUUUAUAAUUGAGAACAAGUUAGGGGGAGCCAUGAUAUAUUCACUGAAUGCCGACGACUACAAGGGCGAAUGUCGCGGCGCACUGACUCGCGCAGAGAUCGGUGGCUUCCCGCUAGCUAAGACAGUGAGCAAAACAUUGAAGAGUCAUAUUAGUAGCUCUGAGCAAAAUGUCUCAUUAGUUUGACGGCGCGGCGGGUAAUCCAUUACCAGUAUUAAAAUAUUAGCACACAUUCCUUUAGUAAUUAGUUGUGGAAAGUUACCUGCUUCUUCCUUGUCACGUAAGUUAUUUUGUACAUGGUGCGGGUUUUCAUAAUUCGUGUGAAGUGGAGUUGGCGACAUUAACUAAGAGACCGUGAGUUGGCGGGCAGCUGGUCGGCGAUCGCCCACGCGGAAGGCGCGACAAGGCGCGAGGCCGCUCGGCCGGCGGCGGCGGGGCAGAGCGCGGCCGCGGCGGCACUGCGCACCGCGCGCCUGCUUCGCCAGCUCUGUGCUCAUGCUCAUCCAUUCAGAACCGCACGCGCCGCAUACAUUAUACUUGCUUCUAAUUAACUUUUACAGUUGGAAAAAUGGAAGACUUAUAUUGCUCGAUUUACAAUGAACUCUCCGCUCCAAUGACCAUGCGUAGGACGCAAGUAACACUUACUAUACCCACUUGCAUAGUGAUAGGAUACCUAUCUGAGGUCGUUACUUCGUUAGUCACGGAAACUCAAGUCAACCAAAGUUCCUAUUUCAAAAAUUGUUUUGGUAGGUAGUACUAUACCACCCACCUAAUUGAGAAAUGAUGAUAAUUUUUAGUACAUUAUAAAUUGUCAACAGUUUAUCAAAAGACUAGAUUGGUUGAUGGUUGUUUGAAAAGCUGUUCAACGAUAUUUGGAGAGUAGGUAGGCGGAGAUGAAUAAUUUUAUCAUUAUGUGAUUUAAAACAAAACCCAAGAUCGAUGUAAAAUAAAUCUUUGUAAAGAAACCAUAUAAGUAAGAUGACAGUCUGAACUGAAAGUCUAUAAUGUUACGACAAUUAUUUUUAAUUUUCAACAACUCGUACAUACAUGGAAUAGCCGACCAUAAAGAGAGCGUGGUGAUACAUAUUAUAAUAAAUAUUUCUCUGUGGUUGUACGGGUUCUACACAUUGCGUGUGUUUACAAAUAUUUCAUUUCACCCAUCGAUCAUGGCCUAAAUAGAUAUGUCAUACAUGUUUGUAAUUGAUAUUAUUAAGUACAUACCAAAUGUACUACAAUGUUUAUUUUAACUAAAUAACUACUACUAUAACAUGAUUGUAUAUUUUUGUAAUAUAAAACCUGUUGUACAUACUAUAUUUUAACGUAAUAAAUGUGUUAAGUACUUAA